CUGAAAGAAAUAUUGUAUGAAUUAUAAAGGCACAUUCACUCAGCAAAUUUCAUCUCAUCUCUUGUUAUAAAAUGGAAGCCAAUAUGUUGGAUACAUAUUUAAUUUCUUUUUGGAAUCUGUCAAGACUGUCCAACAUUUUAAUACAUUAAGCUCUUCAUAAGGUUUCUUCCCUUGCAACCUCUUUCAUCUGUCUUUGUGAAAACAGCUUAUGCCCUUAGCCCUUUUAAAACUAAGCAAUAAAGGCCACAUGCUGGCAAGCAAAGCAGCAUGAAACUCACCUUCACGAAGGAUGCUCACUUCUCUCAAAUACAAUUCUACGCUGCUUUCGUUUUGAUUUUCCCUCACUACUCUUAAAUGCAGCCUCCCUUUUUCAUAAACCAUGCAGUGCCAGUGGAAAAGAAGGGCCUCCAAAAGCCCCAACCUUUUUUUCGUGUCAGUGUUCCCUUGAUUGAGACUCAUCAAUGUGAGAGUCAGGUGAAAGAGAGCAAGGGUAGCUUAUUAAGCUGUAUUAACUGAAGGUAGCUACAGGGACCUGGAGAAGAGUGGAAGAGGAGUAGGCAAUUUGCAGUUUCAUGCCGUUGCCUUAUGCACGUUACACCUAAACCUGUCCCACCAGGGUACAAGCUACAACAAUGAAUCUGUCUGACACGAUGGCUGACCCGAUGCUCACGCCAAAUAGCAGCCGUAGAGAUGUAUUUUCUGGCAGUGCUUCGAACCACUCCUGUCCCUUAGGCUGGGGGCUAAAAGAAGGCUUAGAGGCCUGCAUCCUGGAGACUGCUGUUGUUGUAGUCCUGACAGUGCUCAUUAUUGCUGGUAACUUGACGGUGAUCUUCGUAUUCCACUGUGCCCCACUACUACAUCACUAUACCACGAGCUACUUUAUCCAGACCAUGGCCUACGCAGACCUUCUCGUAGGUCUCAGCUGCCUGGUACCCACUCUGUCUCUGCUCCACUACCCAGCAAGUGUCCAGGAGCCCAUCACCUGUCAGGUCUUCAGCUAUGUCAUCUCUGUUCUCAAAAGUGUUUCAAUGGCCUGUUUGGCCUGUAUCAGUGUGGACCGCUAUCUGGCUAUAACUAAACCGCUAUCUUACAACCAACUGGUGACACCAUGCCGGCUACGAGGCUGCAUCACCCUCAUAUGGGUUUACUCCAGCCUGGUCUUCUUGCCCUCUUUCUUUGGGUGGGGCAAGCCAGGCUAUCAUGGGGACAUUUUUGAGUGGUGUGCACAGUCUUGGCCUACCUCAGCCCUCUUUACAGGCUUUGUGGUAUGCUUGCUGUAUGCACCUGCUGCACUUGUGGUCUGUUUUACCUACUAUCACAUCUUUCGGAUUUGCCAGCAGCACAAUAGGGAGAUCAGUGAACGACGGGCACGUUUUCCAAGCCAAGAUAUGGAAACUGUUGAAGGAGACGGUGAUGGGCAACAUGGAGGACAUGGACCUGAUCGGCGCUAUGCAAUGGUGCUCUUCCGCAUCACAAGCGUUUUCUAUAUGCUCUGGCUACCUUACAUCAUAUACUUUGUGUUGGAAAGCUCCCAUGUCGUGGACAGCCCAGCUCUUUCAUUCAUUACCACUUGGCUAGCAAUUAGCAAUAGUUUUUGCAAUUGUGUCAUCUAUAGCCUGUCCAAUAGUGUGUUCCGCUUGGGCAUGCGUAGGCUAUCACAGACAAUUUGCUCCUUCAGUCACUGUGCUGCUGAUGACAGGGACUUUGGGAAACCUAAACCAAGACAAAGGGCAAACUCCUGCUCCAUCUGAAGACAUGACUUUUUAAAGUACAAGGACACUCUAUCAACAUUGCCAACUACAUACAUCAUGAUUGAAUUGAAUGAGUAAAACCAAAACAAUUCUUUUUUUAUUUGAUUAUUAUUAGUUUUUUGGUGGUGAUAUUAGUGUAAUUCCCUUGGCCAUAAAUCUUUUUGGAAUUUUGACCAAGUGUGAUUUAUGUGCAUAAUCUCAAUGCAUAAUUCUCAAUGUUUAAUGAAACUGAGUCACACUGAGAAUGCUCUCUCUGUGGCUCACAACAUAGCUGUAGUGACAUUGAGCCUGUACAUGACCCUGUAUGGUUUCUCUGCAAAUUUCAAAAUACAGUAUAUUUAGAAUCACAUUUUGUUGAGCAAAUUGGAUGAGCAAGAUAACUUUCCAAAACAUUUACUCACAAACAUGUUUGGAUGUUGUUAAUGACUCUUGAUUUGUUGACAGCCAUAAUGCUGUUUUAGGUUUUAGAAAGUCAGGAAAACCUUUCUGCUUAACUGUGGAAUAUGAAACUGUCAACAUAGUAAUAGCAAAUAGCAGUUAAUAACUUUGAAACAUAUAUAUAAUUCAAAACUGGAAUGUGGACAUUUACAGUAAAGUACAACGGAAAUUUGUAAUUUGCUUUUCUCGUGGGGGGAAAAAAAUCUGAAAUGUUCCAGUUUUAAUUUUUCGGGUCUGGAUAUGUUGUUGUUGCUAAGUUAUUUUGACACAGCUAAUUAAAUAUUGAAUGUUACAGUGAGAAUAUGCAGAAAUGCUUUUGACUCUUACCACGACAAUUGUCACAGCACUGAAUCCACACACCAACAACAUCUUAUUUCUGUAUGUGACUUAAAAAAUGUAAAAACACGUUUUAUUUGGCAGUCACUACCUGCAGGAAAUCUGGACAUUUACAGUAAAGUACAACCGAAAUUUGUAAUUUGCUUUUCUUUUCUCGUGGAGGGAAAAAAAAAUCUGAAAUGUUCCAGUUUUAAAUAUUUUGGUCUGGAUAUGUUGUUAUUGCCAAGUUAUUUUGACACAGCUAAUUACAACCCCAAUUCCAAUGAAGUUGGAGCGUUGUGUUAAACAUAAAUAAAAACAGAAUACAAUGAUUUGCAAAUCAUGUUCGAUCUACAUUUAAUUGAAUACACUACAAAGACCAGAUAUUUAAUGUUCAAACUGAUCAACUUUAUUGAUUUUACCAAAUAAUCAUCAACUUAGAAUUUUAUGUUGCUGAAAUAAGCAGUGGCUUCCAUGAAAAAGACCUUGCUUGGAUGGCAGCAUAUGUUUCUCCAAAACCUGUAUGUACCUUUCAGCAUUAAUGGUGCCGUCACAGAUGUGUAAGUUACCCAUGCCAUUGGAACACAGCCCCAUACCAUCACAGAUGCUGGCUUUUGAACUUUGCAUCCAUAAAAGUCCGGAUGGUUCUUUUCCUCUUUGGCCCGGUGGAAACGACGUCCAAAGUUUGCAAAAACAAUUUGAAAUGUGGACUUGUCGGACCACAGAACACUUUUCCACUUUGCAUCAGUCUAUCUUAGAUGGGCUCGGGCCCAGAGAAGCCUGUGGUGUUUCUGAGUGUUGUUGAUAAAUGGCUUUUGCUUUCCAUAGUAGAGUUUCAAGUUGCACUUACGGAUGUAGCACUGAACUGUAUUUACUGACAUUGGUUUUCUGAAGUUUUCCUGAGCCCAUGUGGUGAUAUCCUUUACACAUUGAUGUCUGUUUUUGAUGCAGUGCUGCCUGAGGGAUCAAAGGUCACUGGCAUUCAAUGUUGGUUUUUCGCCUUGCCACUUACAUGCAGUGAUUUCUCUAGAUUCUCUGAACCUUUUGAUGAUAUGAUGGACCGUAGAUGAUGAAAUCCCUAAAUUCCUUUCAAUUGUACGUUGAGGAACAUUGUCCUUAAACUGUUUGACUAUU